CCAAAUCACGUCUCACGUCUCUGAAGAGGAACAAACUAAACAGACAAAAAGAAGAAGAGAUAAUAAACAUACAAUCCAAACCACCGCUCAGUCUCUGAAGAGGACACAACAGCCAGACCAACAGAAGAGGGGACAUUAGUAAACUAUGCUUCUCAGGGACCGCCUCAGCCCGCUGUUGUGGACACUUUAUCUGACAACUCUCUACGCCUGCGGUUGCCUUGGACAGCUGGAUGUAUGUGGCCGACCUCCCCUCAACAGCAGGAUAGCUGGGGGCCAGGAUGCUCCAGCAGGGAGCUGGCCAUGGCAGGCCAGUCUGCACGCCUCUUUUCCUGGGUUCAGCACGUUCAUCUGUGGAGGAUCCCUCAUCAAUGAGCAGUGGGUGCUCUCAGCUGCACACUGUUUUAACAGUGUAUCUGCAAGUAAUCUCGAGGUGUAUCUGGGUCGGCAGAACCAGGAGGGCAGUAACCCAAACGAAGUGAAAAGGACGGUGAGCCAGAUCAUCAAUCAUCCCAGUUUCAACCGUUUCACCUUUGACAACGACAUCGCUCUGCUUCAUCUCAAUGCCCCAGUCACCUUCACCGACUACAUCAGGCCUGUGUGUCUGGCUGCCAAUGGGAGUGUUUUCCUCAACGGUACUGACAGCUGGGUCACUGGCUGGGGAAAUACUGCUGAUGGAGUUCCUCUUCCAUCUCCUAAGACCUUAAAGGAAGUGGAAGUGCCUGUGGUUGAGAACACCCAGUGUCAGUCCUUGUAUCAAGUCGUGCCCUUCACAGUCACAGACAACAUGAUGUGUGCUGGAGACCCUGCAGGAGGCAGAGAUUCAUGUGAGGGAGACUCAGGAGGUCCACUGGUGAGCAAACAGGACUCUGUGUGGGUGCAGUCUGGUAUUGUUGCAUUAGAAGGUUGUAAAGAACCCAAUCGUCCCGGAGUCUACACCAGGGUGUCCCGUUACGAGAGCUGGAUCAACUCUGAGAUCAGCACCAAUCAACCAGGCUUCGUCCAGUUCAUUGGAUCUCCUCUUCCAGUCAUCCCUCUUACAACACCUGGAGGUCCAGAAACGGGUGAAUUCACGAGGCCCACAGCGUCCACUCCUGCACUCACCACUCCUCCCUCUCCUGCUGUGACUGUUGCCCCAGGACCCACCAGCACGACUACUCCUCCCUCUCCUGCCGUGACUGUUGCCCCAGGACCCACCAGCACGACUACUCCUCCCUCCCCUGCUCUGACUGUUGCCCCAGGACGACCCACCAGCACGACUACUCCUCCCUCUCCUGCUCUGAUUGUUGUUGCCCCAGGAUUCACCAGCACGUCUGUGCUUCAAGGAGAUUCUACAGCAAGCAUUCCUGCAUCUUCAUCAUCUUCACAACCAGUGACUCAAUCAUCAACAAUAACAACAAGAAAAACAACAGAUGCUCCUCCAACACCAACAACUACUAGUGCUGCAACUGCCACGACCACAACAACAACCACGACCACCACAUCACCUCCAGGAAGAUUCUGUCGCCCUCAAGAUAUUGAUGCCUUUGGUUUUGCUGUAGUGACUGUAACAGCAGAUCAACCAGCUCUAAUCGAUGCUUUUGCUUUAAUGACUGUAACAGCUUCAAUCACAUGUAAUAGUACUUAUCUUCAAACUCAGCUUGAGCAAGCGAUCCAGCAAGCCAGUAAACUGUACGAAGACCCAACAUUUAAUGAAAUAAAGCAAAUAAAUGCAACAUGUCAAAACAACACGAAGCUGGAAGUGAUUAAACGGUUUAAUCUAAAUGGCAAUGACUCAAUCUGUUUCCCAGACAACAGAGAUGUCAUGGCCAUUACAGGAAAUAGACGCAGAAAUGAUAAGGUCAUCAUCAAUAUAGAGAAAACAAUCGAUUGUGAAGUGUUGUUCCGGACAGACUUGCAAUUUGAGGACUGUGAGACUAGAAGAGGAGAUAUUAUCAGAGUGAUAAAUGAUAUCUCCAGAAUUCAAUAUGGACCGUUAAUCUACAGAAGAACCAUUAUUAUAUGCAGAAGAGUAGUGAGAGGGAGGACUAAAAGAGAGGUCACCGCGGGGUCAAUGAUAGAGAUGCAGCAGGCGUUCGACCCCGACUCCACAUCCGACUCCUCCUCCAGAUCCUCCUCUCCAACUUUCCCCACAAAACAAGCAAUCAGGGCCAUGCUGGGAACAGCUGCAGGACAACUUAACAUCACACUGAACGAGACAUCCAUCACAUUCACAAACCCGCCCAGAGAAGAGUCAUUGUCUGGAACGACGACUUCUGUAACAUCGGGAAUGACUGCUGACCCUGAGAUAGCAGCUCCAGUUCAGACCACUACAUGUGGGUCUCCAGGUCUCCAGAGUGUGUUCAGUUGCCUAGCAAUGGUGCUGGUUUCCCUGCAGCUAAUGGUGCAGUGGAUGGCUCUGUGACCUGCCAAUCAACUCUGUGACCAAUGAGGAAUCACACAGUAAAACCCCCAGAGCCAAAACUGCUGCUAUUCCUGAAGAUUAUUGCCAUGAUUGUCCCAUCUUGUCCAGCUCCACUCUACCCAAAGGUCCCUUCGAUCCACCAACAAAGGGCUCCUAACUGUGCCGCACUCACGGCUCAAACAGCGGGGUGACAGAGCCUUUGCUGCUGCUGCCCCACGUCUGUGGAACCCAGGGGGUCAGGAUUUGACUGAUUAGCUUUGCCGAUUAGCAAGGCACUUCCUCGUCGCCAUUUUCCAGAAAUACAUCACGUCCGGUGCCGUUUUCCCUGCGUUUUCCUCAUGCUGAUUGGUGGCUGUUCCACUCUCAGCUCAUGCACGAGCUUAGUGUGGGCACGAGCUCUCCUUCUGUACCUUACGUGCUAAGUAAAACGGCACCGGAAACAAGUCCCUUGGAACGCCAUGUUGAAGCCUGAAAAAAUCGUUCAAUUUUGGCACUUUUCACUAGCCUAGCAUUCCCAUUGAAAUGAAUGGGGGCGGAACUUGUUCACUUUCUCCAGUUCUUAUAAUACCUCCAUGGUGGAACCAGCUCCCCCUGGAUAUUAGAUCCGCCCCUCCAUCUCUGCCUUCAAAUCCAGGCUAAAAACCCACCUGUACUCCCUGGCCUUUCCUGUUCACUAAUCCCGUACUUCUGCUUUUCUCUAUAUGUUCUGUGUUGUGUGCCCUGUCUUGAAUGCUACUUAUUUCACUAUCUAUGUUUUAGCAAAUGUUUUGUAUUACUUUGUAUUAUUUUGUAUCUUUUUUAGUCUUUCGCUGUACAGCACUUUGGUCAGCUUAUGCUGUGUGUAAAUGUGCUUUAUAAAUAUACUUACUUUUUUUAUUUUUUUACUUUUUUACUUUAUGAAUACUUACUUACUGUACUAUGAUUGGUUGUCGACUACAAAAUGCAUACAGUAUGUGGCAUACACAUGUGGCAUAUCCCUGCUCCUGCCUCUGCUUUAGCAGUGAUUGGAUCCUUGACCUGUCAAUCAACUGAGUGACCGAUGUGAUAAUCAGGGACAAGAUCAGAAUCAAAAUGUUUUGCAUGGAUUUGCAUCAAUUUCAUAAUAAAAACACAGUCAAAUAGAUAUGUUUUAGUAAUAGAUUAAAAAAAUAUUGAAGAUUAAUAUUAAGUAAUUAAUAAGAUUAUAAUAUAUAUCAAGGUAGUUUUCUCGGUUGAUGCUCUUCUUUCAGCAUUGACACCUGAAGCUCAGCAUUUAGGAUGUGAAUAUAUGGUUCUUUGCUAUAAAAUAUUAUACUUUUGUACAUGAACAUUAUGUUUUGUAUAACAUAUGAUUUUUUUGUUUACUCUGUUUCUUUCAAAUGUGAAUAUAGCAUAGAAUAGCAAAAUAUAGCACUUGUUGUAGCUCCCAAACUGUGGAAUGCACUGUCCAUGGGUCUGUGGACAGUAUUAAGCUUUUUAAAGGGAGGAUAAAACCCCAACUCUUUAGGAUGGCCUUUGCAAACCUAUGACACUGCCUUUAUUUAAUUUGUAUUUACUGCUGCCAAGGAGUUUAUGUUUUCGUCUGUCUGUCUGUCUGUCUGCAAGAUAACUCAAAACGUUAUGGAUGGAUUUCAAUGACAUUUUCUGUGUAACUUUCUGGUGACUGGUUUUUAUUCUUAUUUUGGGAUUUAUCUGUGAAAAGCGCUAUACAAAUAAAAUAUUUACUCUA